AUGCAGACGAGAACGAGAUGCAUGGAGCUUGGGAGGAGGGAGCCGUGGCUCCUUCCCAAGAGAAUCGAGAUUGGAACGGGCAGCACCUCGCCUCACCGCACCUCACCUUGGAGCAUCCCGGGAGCACCGCGGAUGCAGCUGCAGCCACCUCACGUCAGGACUAUCGGAGCUGAUCACCUCGCACUGCCUGCACGACUUUGCCAUGUCCAUUCCCUCUCGACCGCUGCAUGGCUGAUCGCGCCGAUGCCCCCCGGUAACAGCAGAUGGCUGCAGCAACAUCUCGAAAACUUGCCGGAAUGA